GAGAGCGCCCGGCCACACUGCGAAUGCGACCAGCCCGAGACAACGCAUCAGGUGCGAGUAGCCUGCAGGUUCCCGCUGACUUGGCGCGGAGCGCUUCGUCACGCCUGCCCUUCCCGCCCGACCCGCCGGCCCACCGGCCCCCGAGCGCCCCUCCGACGGAGUCCUCAGGCCUUUUCACCGUGGCCGCUCCAGCUCCGGGAGCGCCUUCUCCUCCCGCCACUCUGGCGCACCUUCUUCCCGCCCCGGCCAUGUACAGCCUGCUGGAGACUGAGCUCAAGAACCCCGUGGGGCCACCCACCCCGGCGGCAGGCGCGGGCGGCCCCGCAGCCCCCGGCGGCGCAGGCAAGAGUGGCGCGAACGCAGCCGGCGGGGCGAACGCAGGCGGCGGCAGCGGCGGGGGCGCGAGCGGCGGCGGCGGGGGCGGCGGGGGCAGCGAUCAGGACCGCGUGAAGCGGCCCAUGAACGCCUUCAUGGUGUGGUCCCGCGGGCAGCGGCGCAAGAUGGCCCUGGAGAACCCCAAGAUGCACAACUCUGAGAUCAGCAAGCGCUUGGGCGCCGACUGGAAACUGCUGACCGACGCGGAGAAGCGGCCGUUCAUCGACGAGGCCAAGCGGCUGCGCGCCGUGCACAUGAAAGAGUACCCGGACUACAAGUACCGGCCGCGCCGCAAGACCAAGACGCUGCUCAAGAAGGACAAGUACUCGCUGCCCGGCGGCCUGCUGCCCCCCGGCGCUGCGGCCGCCGCUGCGGCCGCCGCUGCCGCCGCCGCCGCCAGCAGCCCGGUGGGCGUGGGCCAGCGCCUGGACACGUACACACACGUGAACGGCUGGGCCAACGGCGCGUACUCGCUGGUGCAGGAGCAGCUGGGCUACGCGCAGCCCGCCACCAUGAGCAGCCCGCCGCCGCCGCCCGCGCUGCCGCAGAUGCACCGCUACGACAUGGCCGGCCUGCAGUACAGCCCCAUGAUGCCGCCCGGCGCCCAGAGCUACAUGAACGCCGCCGCCGCCGCCGCCGCCGCCUCGGGCUACGGGGGCAUGGCGCCCUCCGCCGCGGCCGCCGCGGCCGCCGCCUACGGGCAGCAGCCCGCCACGGCCGCCGCCGCCGCGGCCGCCGCCGCCGCCAUGAGCCUGGGCCCCAUGGGCACGGUGGUGAAGACCGAGCCCAGCUCGCCGCCGCCCGCCAUCGCCUCGCACUCGCAGCGCGCCUGCCUCGGCGACCUGCGCGACAUGAUCAGCAUGUACCUGCCGCCCGGCGGGGACGCGGCUGACGCCGCGUCGCCACUGCCAGGCGGCCGCCUGCACAGCGUGCACCAGCACUACCAAGGCGCCGGGACUGCCGUCAACGGAACCGUGCCGCUGACCCACAUCUGAGCGCCAGCCUGCGCUCGCCGCCCCUCCGCCCCACCCCGCCCCGCACCCCCGAGUUGGGACGCCUUGUUUAGCUUUGCUUGCCUGGGACUGUUGCCUUGUACCGUUGAUGGGGAGGACAGAAAGUUUUGCAGUAGCUGUCGGGUUUUGUACAAAAGCAAAAAGGAGUCCGGGAGCAGCGGAAAUGGGACUUUCUAGAGCUCGCCGGCCCCUCGCCGCUGCCCCUCCCUCCCCUUUUGUAGGCUGGGAAUCGCUGUGUCGUUUGCAAAGAAAAAGCAGCCCCCCUCCUCCUCCUCCUCCUCUUCCUCCUCCUCCUGUGUUCCUGGAUUUUUCUGUUGCAUUUGAAAAUAUUGUCUCGUUAGUUUGCUGUUAGCCGAGGAGUGAGUGAAUGGGAGAAGCGUACUCUCGGGUGAGGCUGGCCUGAGAACUGCAACGCCCCCAGUCGCGCUGCAUCUGUUUUCCUCGUGGGCUUGGGGGCGGGAGGUGGGGGGCUGGCCGCGCAGAGCGGCGCGGCAGCCGAGGGCCGAUGUUAAUUUAUAGCCAGGUGUGCGUGUGUCUCCCGCCUCGCCGCCCCUGGCCGCGGGACAGCUUCUGUCCAGUCCGCAUUUAGGCUGUUGAGUUGGUGCUUUCUGCCGUGAUCUGUUUGAUAUUUCGUCGCGCUAAGGUAUUUGGAUUUCGUUUGGGUGGUAGGGAAGGGGCUGUUUUGUUUCAGGUUUUUCAAGGUUUUACUCUUAAUUCCUAAAUGAGAGAUCAAUAAAUUUUAUAACCAACAUAAUGGAGUCCUGGUAAUUUUGCGGGCCUAAAACUUGAGGUACGGGUUGGGGAGGGGACCAUCACUCGGUAUUGCGGCCCUGGACCCGUUCCGGGGCGGGGGGAAGGUGGCCUGCGGGGGGGGAGGGGGAGACGAGCGUGCUCUGAAAUGGUUUCUUUACAACUACUGGUGGUCCCCCAAACAGCGCCACUCGACAUUUUCAGCUGAAACUCGGAGGAGAAAGCGGUUUGUCUUCCCGGGAGCGUCUCUGGGGAGCGAGCACCCCGCGGCCACGCACUUGUUGCUCGCGGCGAGCGGUCGCGGGAUGAGGGCCGGAGGCGACGGCCACGCGGGGCAGGGAGAGGCCGCCGCCGCGGAGACCGGCCCCCACAGGGGCACCUUUACCUUUGUGCACCCGGGCGGGAAGACACUGGAGCUCAGGUGAAAUAGUUACAAAACGAAAACCCUUCGGAAAUCUCUAUUAGCCUCUUAAACAUAAAUGGUUGCAGGAAUCCCUCGCAGGAGAGGAGCACCUUUCAGCCGAGAUGGCUCAAGCAGUGGAGCCAGCGUUCAAGGCUGGAAGGUGUGGUUUUUUUGGUUUUGUGGGGUUUUUUUACAGGCCACCUGAGAUCUUACAGGCGCUCUCAAACUCCUCCGAUGGCUUUCUCUUUUGGACUUGUCAACCCAGUCCGCUGACUCCUUUUCUAGAAGAGGCUCCCUCUCAUCCCAAGCCUCGGGUUCGACCUCUUCCCUCCCCCCACCCUCCCUCCAUCCCUGACC